UAUUAUGAAAUCUGUCGUCAUUUCCGAUAGUCAUAGCGGACGCGACAGAAGACCUUGAGCACAUUUGCUGUCAGAAUCUAAACACUAAAACCAAAUACAGCUUAUGCAGCAGCCUCAGAGAGAAGUAAUAAAAUGGCCAGACGAUUAAUUUAUCCUCUGUACCAGUUGGGUAACCCUCAGAUGAGGAUAUUCAGGCCCACAUUCAGCAUGACGCUGGUCAGACCAGGGAAACCUCAGCCUCCAGACACUGUGCAGUUUCGCAUAUCUAUGGAAAUGACCAAAUUUGAUGUGAGGAACUACUUGGAGAAGAUUUACAGCGUUCCUGUUGCUUCAGUGCGCACAAGGAUUCAGUAUUGUACAAACAAGAAAAGGAACCACUUAAACCAGCGAGUGAAGAGGCCAGAUUACAAAGUGGCAUACGUUCAGCUGAGUCAGCAGCAGACGUUCCAGUUUCCAGAAAUAUUUCCAGAGAAGGAAAAACAGCAUGAGGAGGACUCCGUAGAGGCGAUGCAGGAGAAAUUCAUGGAGGAUGAACGACAGAGGCAGAAACCAGACCCUAGAAGAGGGGGAGUCACUGAAUGGUUUGGCCUCUAAAGACACAUCGCAAAAGGCGUGAGAACUAUUAAGAUGUUUCUGUUGCAUUGCCCAGUUAUUUGCAGCGAUAUCGCCUGAACUUGGCCCUCUGUUUCCGAGACACAGUACAUUCUGUGCUCUCUGUAAACAUGCCUGAACUCACAAUGUGUCCCCAAAGUCUUGUAUAUUAUCAGCCUUGUGUCUGCUCUACUGUUAUCCCCGGCAGAGGUGAAGUUAACAUGAAGCAGUACACAGUGUCUUCAACAUGGGUUUAGGUUCCUCUGAUCGAACUGCUACUAUUCAUGUCUGAUUAUGUCUCGAGUCCAGAACACAGCAUCCACAAAGUACAGGUUCAGCUGAUGGCUUUAUCAUGUUACUGUCUCAGAUGUCCUAAGCCUGCAAAGAUUUAUCAAUGUUUGUAAAUGUAUUUUCCAUUAAAGACCUCCAUAUA